AAAUUAUUAAUACCUAUUAUUUCAAUCAGGCUUUCCUGUUUACCCUGUAAAGCCUUGUGGUCAGCUACAACAUCAGAAGACAGAGGAAAUUGAAAAUUGCAGUGCAUCUAAUUGAAGUUUCAACUACUUUUAAGCAUGCAAUCAGCUAUAGUGAUUCAUAGGGGUGUUAAAUGACAGUUUAUUUAAUUCUGUUUACAAAGGCUUCCAAGUUCCAACAUAAGGCACUACAAAUGACAUUUAUAUUGUUUAUUGGUAGGUGUUCCACGUUUGAACUACAUUCUUUUUGUGCACAGUAUCUCAUAGCAUAAAUUAAUGCCUACCUAACUGUGCACAACCUUCUGUUUAUUCAGCAAUGUUUAAUACCAUAAACUACCACUAGUAUUUAAGCUGAUAUUGGUACACAAAUAGCUUGAAAACUUGUGAAUUAAUAAAAAUGAUACCUUUGUUUGCAGCUCAGUUCUUUUAAACACACUGCUGGCUAUCUUCACCACAAUCGCCUCUGCUGCCAUUAACAGUAUCAGCAGCAGCCAAUAUGUCGGCGUUCAUGCGCGGCGCGUGCCCGGACGCCGGCUGCGCGCGCGUGCUCUUCUUUCCGGCGCACGAGCGCAGUGUGGAGUGCUCCGGCUGCGGCCAGAGGCACGCCUGCUCGGCUCUGGAGUCCGCCGCGCCGGUGGAGGAUAUCAGGGCGGCGGCGCUGUUGACGUACCGCCGGCUGGCGGCCAGGGGCGCCGGCGCCGCCAGGGGACCCGAGAACGUGAAGGUGCUCGGCUCGUCCAACUACCACUGUAAGCUGGUGUCGCCGCUGCUCAGCUCGCACGGCCUCGAGAAGAGUUCGGGGCGCGCGCGGCCGCUCCGCGAACUCACGGGCCAGGCCGAGUUUCAGUGCUCGGUGCUGGCGCCGUACGCGUUCCGUCUGAGUGAGGAGCACCUGGAGACGCCCGGCUACGGCCGAGACACGUCCGGCAGCGCCGCCUACCUGCGGCACACCCUCCAGGCCGUGGCAGAAGCCAAUGACGGCGAGGAGCGGCUGGUGCCGAUCCACGCCGACGGAGACGGACACUGUCUGGUGCACGCGCUGUCCCGAGCGCUCACAGGCCGCGAGCUGUUCUGGCAUCCGCUGAGAAUGAACCUGCAGCAGCACUUCACCGACAACAUGGGCCAGUACCGGGAGCUGUUUCGCGAGUUCAUCUCGGCCGAGGACUGGCCGCUGAUUGUCGACGAGUGUGAUCCAGACUACGUGCCUCCCGACGGCCAGCCGCACGGGCUGCGCAACAUACACGUGUUCGGCCUGGCUAACGUACUCCGGCGGCCGAUCGUGCUGCUCGACAGCUUCACAGGCCUCAGGAGCAGCGGGGACUACGCCGCUCUGUUCCUGCCGGCGCUGGUGCCGCCGGACCAGUGCCGCUCCGGCGCCUCCCGUCAGCUCAACUCGCCCCUCUGUCUGGCCUGGAGUAGCGCUGGACGGAAUCACUACAUCGCACUGGUGCCCGUCAAAGACAGGAAGCUGCCCCGCCUGCCCGUCUCGCUGCUGCCUAAGGUGUGGGGCGUGGACCAGUCCCUGAGGGACCGGUACCUCACCAUCACCGACGGCUGCUGUACCAUCGGCAGUGACAAGUCGCUUCAGGACGGCUACAUCCAGCGUCUGACGGCCGCCAUGGACGAGCUGUUUGUGAGGAACAACGGCGUACACCCGGAGCUGGUGGCCGACGCGCACCUGCACCUCUUCAAACGAGUCGGUGUCCAGGGCUUCUCGCCACCCCACGUGUGUGACGAAGUGCGUCUGGCACUGGCCGAGGACCGGCUCUACCGGUGUCUGCGCUGUGACGCCGUGCUCGAGCAGCGGCUGGAGCCGGGCUGGCUGCGGCGCGGCGGGUACCUCCACCGACUGGCCACCGAGCAGCACGGCCAGCUCUCCAGCACUCGGCUCUACAGGUUCCCGCUGCAGGGGAUCCUGUGCGGUUAUGACGAGGAAGAGGACCGACUGGUCCUGAAGGAGGAUCAGGGAAUCACAUCGUGUCCAUGGUGCCACGGUACGGUACGACCGGUAGAACCCACCGGAGUACCGCGCUAUAAGAACGGCGACCCGACGCGCACGGCCGCCGCGGACGGCGCGCGCUGCCACUGCGGACAGAAACACUGGUGGGACGGAGUGGAGUACGACAGCCCGCCGCUGGUGUUCCCGGUCACCCUGCGCUGGGGCAGCCGGGUAAUCGGAGAGAAGGUGGCCUGGUUCGAGGGUGAGUCGGACCCGGCGCUCAACUCGAACGUUUACCAGACGGCCAACCAGAUCAUCGUCAAACACUUUCCCGGUGUGUUCGGGAUCGAGACGCUGGUGAAGCAGGUGGUGGACCAGAUCCUGGAGCAGACCAAGUCCCUGGAGCGGCCCACCUCCUGCCAGGCCGCCGGGGCUGCCGGGGCUGGCGCUCAGGCGCAGGACGGAGGCGCGAAGGAGGAGGACGGAUCCAGCAAGAUCAUACUCACGGGAAUGAAGACUCUUCAUAAGGAGGAGCUGGGAGUCAGUGAGACAGAGCGGCGUCUGAAGGAACGCAUCGAGCGGAACGCGCCCGUCCAGCAGCAGCGGAAGCGGCAGCCGUCCCAGGAGCUGCGGCCGGCCGCCGUGCCGCCUCCGCGCCGGGUGGAGGGCUCGCCCCGCUCCUCCCCCGGCCCGCCGGCGGCCCCCGCCUCCCCGGCGGCGGCGCCGUCCCCGCCCCCCGCCCCGGCCGGACGCCGGGUCCGCGUGGUGGCCUCCUCGGGUCAGCAGGCCGACCUCACACUGCCGCCGGAGGCCACCUAUGGCGCGUUCCUGACAGACGUGGAGGCAGCGCUGGCCGUGGAGCGGAGCCGCAUCCGGCGCGUACUGCAUGGGUUCCCGCCCCGCCAGGUCACCCUCGCAGAGGAGGAGCUCGCGCCCUUCCAGUCCGGCGAGCGGAUCCAGGUGGAGCUGGCUGCCGACCCCUCGGCCGCUCCGCCGCCCCCGCCGGCCGCCUCGGCCCCCGCCGCGGCUACAGCAGCGUCCUCUGCCGGCCGACCGGUGCUGCCCUCUGUGCCGGCCUCGGAGCUGGACGCCGGUAUCCAGGCGCUGGUGUUGGCCGCCCAGCUGUCCGGCACGGAGCUGUGGCAGCAAGUGCAGGCCAUGCCCGUCCUGUUCGCCAAGGGAGGUCUGUUUUACCGGCUGGCGGAGCGGGACGUCGGCCUCACCGACGGCAAACACAUCAGUCUGCAGGCUCUGCCCGGAAAGAUGUUCAUCUACGACGCCGCCUCUGACCGUCUGCUGCUGUGUCUGGAGCCACUGGGCGGCCACCACCCGGUCACGGCCGGGGUGGAGCGGCGCGUGCUGGGCGCCGCCGCCGCCCCCGCCGCCGCCCCCGCCCCGGCUCCGACCGCCGCCGGGGCCGCCCGGAUCGGCCAGCUGCUGAGCAGCGGCACACGCCGAGUGACGCCCGGCAGACUGAUGAACAGGCCAGUACCGCCGACGGCGUCCUUCACCGGGCAGGGACACACGCUGGGCGGCUCCGCCCCCGCCCCCGCCCCCGCCGCGGUCCCGGCCACCUCCUCCGGGGCGGGCGGGACGCGGGAGGAGGGGGCCACGUUCGUGCGGGUCGGUCCGGGCAGUGUGGUCCUGAGGCCCGCCGAGGGGGAGCCCCGGCCCGUGCCACCCUCCGCCCCGGCCCCGGCACCGUCACCAGAGUCUGCCCCCGAUCCGGCGCCGGCCCCCGAGGCCGCCGGUGACGGCGCCGGUGACUGUGACGGCGGCGAGAUGGAUAUGUCCUAGUCUAACGUCUUCCGUGCGCGGCGCCUAGCGCCCGUGGAGGCUUGUGCUGUGAUUUGGAGCGGCGCGCGAGAGGUGUACUCGACUCUCGCUCGCGGCCGCGCGUUGUUGGUGAUUCUGCAGGCGGAGAGGCGCUGAGAGAGCUCUAUUUAUCUGUUGGUGACGACCGUGACCGAUGGCGGCGCGGCGCUCAUGUGAUCGUGAUCGGAGAAUAUAUAUUACAUCCGACGAGCG